CGCAUGUCCCACGAGGUAGCUCGAACCUGGGCCGGCGGUUUCCUCUUGGCAGCCCGCUCUUAUCACUAGCCAAACGCACACAAUCUCACGUUCUUCUCACAAUCGCAUACAUUACGAAUAAACUUUGGGCGAACCUAACCUUUAAUUUUUCUCUAUGUCCCGGCAUGUUUUUUCGAGGUUAUAAUCGCGCAUCGAGUUAAAAAUUUACUCACACUGUCAAACAUCACAGUUGAGGUUAGGUUUAUGUUCGAAGCGCUCUCGCGCCCUGCUCCGUCGUAUUAACGCACGUUCUUCAAGAAUUCAUUCAUCGCGAUGUUUACCACUCUCGAUCCUUAUUGUCACAGAACCGCUGUGUCGUUGAAUAAAAAUAUUGUUAUUCUCGCUUAUCCGUUGGUUCGUUGAAACAACGUCGUUUCGUCGUUUUAUUUUCAUAAUCGGAGAAAACUGCUGCGAAAGCUUCGCCCCGACGUCUAUGCCGUUUAUAAUUCGCGCGUGAUUUUCGUCGAGUGGCCGUCGAGUCGCACGCAAGGUUGGGUACGAAUCUGCGCGGGAUAUUUUCGAACGAUAUUUUACCACCGACAAGUUUUUUAUUUCUUAUACGUGACAAAAUUACACGUGUGUGCCGUCUGUGUGCGUGCGUGCGUGCGUUCGUGCGCGCGUGCGUGCGUGCGUGCGUGCGUAUGUGCGUUCAGUGUGACAUUUGACUGUUUUGGAAUUAGUUGCCCCACUGCAUCGCGAGAUGCGAGACUCUUUACAUUUACGCUCAAUGGGAUUUGUUAUUAAUAAUAUUUGACUGAAAGACUUUGUGAACGUGACGGGAUUGUUCGUUUCUUCGUUUAUUUUUAUUUUUCCCCGAGCAACGCGCAUUCCAAGAUCUUGGAAGCAGCAUGUGGAAAGACAGCGGUCCCACUAUGGACAAUUCGACGUACGUGCCGAAUCACCUCCCGCCACCGUCCCUGGUUGUUUUCUCCCAGGCCGGGGGACUCCCCGACGCUCUGAGAAUGCAGAGACCCUUCAAUCCACAAGUAUCAGACGCGAAGGAUCUUCAAGUGCCAUUCAGCACAGCGGCUUCGCUCGGCUACGGACUUCAUCACAUGUUACAUCUUCCUCAUCAUUUUUUACAUCCCGUGGAUCCGCGAUUGCCGUUCAGCGCGUUCAGGCCGUUGGGACCGUCGGCGUUCGCCCCACCGAGCAAGUGCCUCAAGGUCGAAACCGGUGGGACGAGCGUAUCUUCGGGAUUGGCCAGUAUCGGCUCCUUGUCCGGUAUGUCGAAUAUGUUCUCACCCUCGUUGCCUUCUUCCGGUGGCAUCGGUGGCACGGGAUUGUCCGCUUCGAAUAAUCAAGAAAUCGCACCGCAAAGUCCCGCUGGAUCCGCGAGUCGUUCACCCACCGUCAACAAUAAUCCGGGCUCCGUAACGUCCCUUGGAAAUAAUCGUGGUCCAACGCCUGAGGAGGAAGAUCGCGAUACCAACGCCACACCCGGAUCCGAAAAUACCGAAAGAUCGACGCCUGAAGAGGGACGACCGUACAGACUGGGGCCUGUGUUCGGGGGGAGAUGCGGCGCGGAGGCGCUCGGUCUGGGGUUGGGGCUGUCGCUGAGCCCGACCUACAGGUUCGCUCUGCCCCCGGGACUCGCUGCCAAGACCGCCCGAUGCCUUGUUUUCGACCAAGGCAAAAAGAAAUUUCCGUCGGAUCCGUCAUGCUGUCCGGUAUGCAGCGUCACGGUGAGACCGCAGGAACUCGAGCAACACUUUGCCCAGGAGCUCGAUCGUUUGUACAAGGUAUCGACAAGUAAUUCGCGACCGAGGCAGCGAUCGGCUAUCGGCCCACCGUCCGGUCAUCAUUCGGAUCAUCAGCACGCUGCUAUGCUCCAUGCACCGUCGGCUGCCGACGGAACGCCCCAGGGACGAUGGGAAACUUAUAAAAGGAUCAAGGCGAAUCGUCAGGCGAGAAUCCGCGUGAAGAACAGGAAAAGAAAAGCCGACGAGCCCGCUUGUCCGGUAUGCAGCGAGCGACUCUCUGGUACACCGGAGGAGCUCAAUCAGCACGUUGAGCGUUGUCUGAAUAAGCACAACGGGGGUGCUAAUCCAUCGAGGCAUAAUUCAACGACCGGUGGCAUAGACGAGGAGGAAGUUGACGUCGAGGGAGACGCCGAGAGCUUCGAGGAGUACGAAUGGGCCGGUCAAAGAAGAGUUCGAGCGACUUCAAUGCUCAUUGGUGGUUUUUCCGCAGUGGGAUUAGCGACAUCGAGCAAUCGCGGCGGUGGCGGCGGUGGCGGUGGUCAGGGUGGAAAUCAGGAGGACGAUGACGUCGAUCUGGUGGUGGACGGUGACGACGCAGCACAAUUUGGUCCAGCUCAAUACUCAGAAGCGGAUGUUGUAGCACCGAGGGGCGAAGGAACACCGAGGGAGCAAAAAGAGCGUGACGCUCUUCGUGAAGCAGUCAUUUCGCCGAACGCACCUUUGACACCGCACACACCACCGGACCAACCUCACGGUGCUCAGGUCGAGGUUAAACCGGAACCGGGAACAACCGUGAAUUCGCCAAAUUCACCGAGUUCAACACCUCUGAAUCUCGAGACCGAAGACAGUGGUAUUAGCUCGACGAGACGUGAUAUCGUCGAUGCACCCGUCGUAGAAGCUCUUCGCGGUCGAAUUCGCGAACUCGAGGCUGAAAUGAGAGGUCAACUCUUCAAAUGUCUCAUUUGCAUGGAGCAGUAUAAGAAACCAGUGACUUCGGUAUGUUGUUGGCAUGUACACUGCGAGCAAUGUUGGCUUCACACACUGGGUGCAAAAAAGUUGUGUCCUCAGUGUAACAUGAUAACGUCACCGUCGGAUCUUCGGAGGAUCUACAUGUGAGCUAUGUGCGGCGGUACGAGAAUGUCCUGCGAGAAAUCGAAAGACGAAAGGGAAAUGAAAAUUUCAAUCGUUCGACCGGACCCGAGGAGCUCCAUUGAAAAAUCAGAAAUGCAGACAUCAUCGAACCGCAUAACUUGUACAUUUGUAUAUUAAAAUUUUAUCACGUAAGAUAACAAACUCCGACGUACCGUUGAAUCGUAUCUAGCAUCUAGUAAAUUAACUUUUAGGAGCUAUAAAAGAGAAAAAUGUGAAAAAACGAAAGAGUUGAAAAAUAGACGAUUUGAAUCGUCCGUACCGAGUCCUCGAAAAAUUAUUCAUCUUCACGGUCGAAUUUGAACUCAUUCAAACAUCCCCCGUAUUCCGAACAAAGGAGAAAAAAAAAAUAAACGAACAAAUAUCAAGAUUCGACACGAAACCGCGCACAGAGACCAAAAUAUCCCGAAAUUUAAGACGAAAAAUAAAGACAGACGGUCAUAGAAAAAUGGUCUGAAAAGGCUUAAUAAACGUGUGUUCUAUCGAUAGAAAAAAAUAAAACAAAUAAAAAUUUAAAACAAAGUAAUACUAACAACGAGCGUUUCGGCGAAAAUACUGACCUAGUCGGGAUACCAUGACGAGUAAUAAAAACGACGGAUCUAUGUGUAAAUAAUUGACGAAUUUCAUUCGUAGUCAGAAACAAAAAUAUUCCGAUGUUCUGUAUUCGAAAUAAAUGAAAACAAAGAGAAAUAAGAGAAUGGAAAA